AUGGAGAUUGAUGCUCGGGACCAAUCGCUCCAGAGCUUAGUGGACCGUCAAAUUGAGGAGGCUAGCCAUGAAGAGAAUCUCUUGGCCACUGGUGAUGCUAGGGGCCAGCUUGCUGCAGCUCAAGGUCAGCUGAAGUCCCUUCAGGAGGAGUUGGCCUGGGCCACCGAGGCUGUUAAAAGGGUUGAUCAGAGGACCGUUGUGGCAGAAAAUCGUUGUGACGAGGUUCUGAUGCAGCUGUCCUCCCUGGAGGGUACCUGCCACGAGAGGGAUGAGGCUUUAACUCAGCGUGAUGAGGCCUGGCGCCAGUGUGAGGCAAUUAAGACAGAUUAUGAGAAUGCCCAGGCCCAUUGCGAGACGCUAAUGUCCCAAAAAGAUGAGGCUCUAGCUCGAAUAGUUGUCCUCGAGCAGGAGCUCGGCAGACGCAGUAAGAGCCUGAAGGACUUAACCUUGGCAACGGAGGAGUCAAAACUUCAGAAUCAACAGCUCUGUCAAGAAGUUAAGGCUUUGGAAAGGAGAUGUUCUGCCCUGCUUGAGGAUGCUAAGCUAAUUGAAGACAAAGUCAGGUUGGCUGGUGAGGAGCGCCUGCAGGUCUACAAGGAGUCCACUGAGUUUAAAUCAGAGGUUGAUCAGGCCUGUCAGAGGUUUUUGCAGGAAUACAAAGGUUCUUUGGAGUUUAAAACUGAGCUCGGGCAGGCCUGUAAGAACCAUCUUCAGCUUUACAAGGACUCCUCCGAGCUAAAGGCUAAAAUUGAGGAGGCCUGCGAGCCAAGAACAAAAAUCUGA